AGAUAGAUCGCGCGUCAUUUGAGCUGAAGGUCACGUGCCGUGAGAGCGUCUUGUCAGAUUUUCUUUGGUGCUGUUUUUUUAAAGAAACGUCAACUCCAACUUCUACUUAAUCAUAACAUAUAUCUAUACAUGAUAACAAUAUGAAUAAAUUUUCAAUAUUUCUUGCAAAACAUUCCCAAAAAUUAGCGCUAUUAUGUGCUACAACAGCCUAUUCAUUAGCAUAUUAUGCUCAACCAUAUUAUGAAGUGAUUACGCGUUGGUCAUUAACAAAAUUCGAUAUAGCCUGGGAAGCUAAACCAUCUGAACGAAUUUUACGAGUAAUCAAAGAGACUUGCUCACAUUUCAAUAUGACAGAUUAUCAAAAAUUACAAUUAGAUAUAUUUCUUACGCCAAUGGAUGAAUCACUCGUUUUAGGCUCUUUAACCUCCCCCAAUGGUUAUGCAUUCAUUGGAUUGCCCUACUUCUUUGGUUAUGAGAAUUCACUUGAAAUCCCGUUAGACUCGCUAGAUUUUUAUCGACCUUAUUUUCCUUAUGGACCUUUUUCAAAAAUAAGUCGUGAACGUAUGGAUCUUAUGAUAAUACCAGAAUCAGCUUUAAAAUUUCUUAUAGCCCGUGAAAUUGUUCGACUUCAAGCGACUACAUCGACUGGAUUGAAACUGCCUCUUUCAGCUCGUGGCCAGUCUUUACUUACCGUGGGCGGAGUGAUUGGUAGUCUUUAUCUGUCAUAUCAGACAAUAUUUCUUCUCAAUAGACUUAUGAAAUUACCACUUCGUGUAUCAUCGCCUUCUCGACUUCUGAUUUAUACACUACUCCCCUUAUUUGGUGUAUUUCUACAACAUCAAAUUAUCUUAGCCUGGCGUAGACAUUGUUGUUUACGCGUUGAUCAAAUUGUCUCUAGUCUGGGGGAGUCAUAUAGACAAGGUGGGCUAGCCUAUUAUGAUUGGCGUUUACGUUGGAAUCACUUUUGGGCAGAACGACAAAGUGAAUAUAAAGAAAGGAAAAAAUCACUUAGAAAAGGUGAUCACACUGCAAAAUUUGAUCCAGUUGCACAAUAUCAAUCAGAAAAUGAACAAUCUACAGAAAAGAAGGAUAAAAUUGACUAUCAUCUUCCUCAGUUAGAAAAUUCCGCAUUUGAACCAUUAAACCAGAAUGGCAUAGCAAACACUGAUGAACCCAAGUCCAUUUAUCGUCGUACCAACCGAUUCACUGAUACUGGUAAUGAACUAUGGGCUGGUGAUGGUGAUGGUGUUGGUUUCGGCUGGACAGGUAUUCUCACAAUUGGAAUGAUGCCUCGAAUUGUAUCUGGAUUUUUUAAACUCUUCUCUAGUCCAGCAACAAGUCGACAACGUUAUACUCAAUUGACUACAACUGAGGCCUAAUCUCCACCUUCUCUCUCUCUCUCUCAUUUAGUUUAUUUUUAAUUUUUCUGAAAUCUCUGUAAAUAAUCGAAUUAUGACGUAAUAUAGAUUUUUGUACAGU